AUGGCCACCUUCUACCAUUUUAGAAAUGCCAGUGUCAUUUUCCUAUGGGUUCUCGUAUAUGCUGCGUGUGUUUGGGGUCGACCAGCCACUUUUCUGCAGGACUUUCGUGUCGCCUGGGCUGACUCCCAUAUCACGCAAAUUGAUCAAGGCAGGGCAAUCCAACUCAAACUUGACCAAAACUCUGGAUGUGGGUUUUCUUCCAAGGUUAAGUACAUGUUUGGGCGUGUUAGCAUGAAGAUCAAACUCGUCCCAGGAGACUCUGCUGGCACAGUCACUGCAUUUUAUUUGAACUCUGACACGGACAAUGUUCGCGACGAGCUUGAUUUCGAGUUCUUGGGGAACCGUAGUGGACAACCUUACACAGUUCAAACAAACGUCUUCGCUCACGGAAAGGGUGACAGAGAACAGAGGGUCAACCUCUGGUUUGACCCUUCCGCGGACUUCCACACUUACUCAAUUCUGUGGAACCAUCGUCAUAUAGUAUUCUACGUAGAUGAUUUUCCAAUCAGAGUGUAUAAGAAUAACGAGCGGAUGGGGGUUCCAUACCCAAGGAUGCAGGCGAUGGGAGUGUAUUCGACACUGUGGGAAGCUGAUGACUGGGCCACAAGAGGUGGUUUGGAGAAAAUCGACUGGAGCAAAGCACCCUUCUACGCUUACUACAAGGACUUUGACAUUGAAGGGUGCGCAGUGCCAGGACCUGCUAACUGUGUCUCCAACCCAAGAAACUGGUGGGAGGGGGCUGCAUAUCAGGCUCUCAACGCCAUUGAAGCCAGAAGGUACAGGUGGGUUCGUAUGAACCAUGUCAUCUAUGAUUACUGUAGAGAUAAGUCAAGGUACCCAGUGACCCCACCAGAGUGCCUUGCUGGCAUUUAA